CCUCCACUUUCUAGUUGUAGCACAGAACAGAACUCCCAUGAUGCUAAUCGUUGAAUCGAAUAGAUUCGCUUCGACGCCGGCAGUUACAGUGGAAUUCCCCAAUGGCGGGUUCUUCGAUCAUGGAGAACCUCUUCCAGCGCACGCUCGAGGAUCUGAUCAAAGGCUUGCGCCUCCAACUCAUCGGCGAAUCCACCUUCAUCUCCAAUGCCACGGAGGAGAUCCGCCGCGAGGUCAAAUCCACCGACCAGCACACCAAAUCCACCGCCCUCCAAAAACUCUCCUACCUCUCCGCUGUGCACGCCGUCGACAUGUCGUGGGCGUGCUUCCACGUUGUGGAGGUCAUGUCCUCCUCCAAGUUCGCGCACAAGAGGAUCGGUUACCACGCCGCGUCGCAGUCCUUCAACGACAACACUCCGGUGCUCCUCCUCAUCACGAACCAGCUCCGCAAGGACCUCUCCUCCACCAACCACUUCGAGGUAAGCCUCGCCCUCGAUUUGCUCUCGCGAAUCGCCACUCUCGACCUCGCUCGCGAUUUGACCCCCGAGGUCUUCAAAUUGCUCUCCACCGCUAGGGUUUUUAUUAGGAAGAAGGCUAUUUCCGUCGUUCUCAGGGUUUUCGAUAAGUACCCCGACGCAGUUAGGGUUUGCUUCAAGCGUUUGGUUGAGAAUCUUGAAAGUUCGGAUCCUCAGGUUGUGACCGCCGUAAUCGGGGUUUUCUGCGAGCUGGCUGCCAAGGAUCCUGGGUCAUACCUUCCAUUGGCGCCCGAGUUUUAUAGGAUUUUGGUUGAUUCGAAGAACAAUUGGGUUUUGAUUAAGGUGCUGAAGGUGUUUGCUAAGUUGGCUCCCUUGGAACCUAGGUUGGGGAAGAGGAUUGUUGAGCCUGUCUGUGACCAUAUGGGGCGGUCUGGGGCCAAGUCCUUGGUGUUUGAGUGUGUUAGGACUGUGCUCACUAGCUUGAGUGAUUAUGAGUCUGCUGUUAAGCUCGCCGUUGAGAAGGUUAGGGAAUUGUUGGUCGAUCAGGAUCCCAAUCUUAGAUAUCUUGGCCUGCAGGCGCUUUCGGUUGCCACACCCGAGCACUUGUGGGCGGUGAUUGAGAAUAAGGAAGCGGUGGUUAAGUCGUUGAGUGAUGAUGAUUCGAAUAUCAAGAUCGAGUCACUGCGAUUGUUGAUGGCCAUGGUGUCUGAGAGCCAUGUGGCGGAUAUCUCCAGGGUGUUGCUCAAUUAUGCGUUGAAGUCUGACCCGGAAUUUUCUAAUCAGAUUUUGGGUUCCAUUUUGACAACGUGUUGUAGAAAUGUGUAUGAGAUUGUUGUUGACUUUGAUUGGUACGUGUCUCUUCUUGGAGAAAUGGCGAUGAUUCCUAAUUGCCAAAAGGGGGAGGAGAUUGAGACUCAGCUUGUUGAUAUUGGUAUGAGAGUUAAGGAUGCUAGAAUGCAGCUUGUUCGGGUUGGGCGUGAUCUGUUGAUUGAUCCUGCAUUACUGGGUAAUGUGCACUUGCAUAGGAUAUUGUGUGCUGCUGCUUGGAUUGCUGGAGAGUAUGUUGAGGUUGCGGCCAACCCCUUUGAACUCAUGGAUGCACUCCUACAACCUCGUACCAGUCUCUUGCCACCAUCAAUAAGAGCAGUUUAUAUUAAUUCUGCUUUUAAAAUUUUAAUUUUCUGCCUGGACUGUUACAUUCUGCAAAAUGAAGGUUCUGCAUCUUGGUAUUCUGAUAAUUUGGCUGGGGGACAGUCAGAUUUGUUAAGUGUAAAAAAUGACACUGAGGCUGCUGAAUUGGCAACGUGUGAAGGAUCAAAUGAUGAACAGCAUGAGGAUUUUAACCCAAGGAAUGCAACUGAAUCUUCUGAGGAUCUUUCUGUUAAAAAUGACAUAGAUAGAGUUGCCACUCAUGGUCAAGCAUCUACACCUCCUACUGUCUUGGGGAAGAAGAAUUCCAUGCAUGAAUCUAUUGUAAGCCUAUUGAAUCGAAUUGAAUUAAUUUUUGGCCCGCUAAUAGCAAACCAGGAUGUUGAAGUGCUGGAGAGAGCACAAAACUUACUUUCCCUUGUUCAGUUGAUUAAAGAAGAAAUAAUUGAUAAUUUAGUCCAGAGUGUGGUGGACAUUGCGAACAAGAAAGUUACUCGAGUUACAGCUAUUAUCAAUUUGUUGCGUGAUGCUUUUACUACGGAACUUGGUCCGGUCUCAACAAGUGCACAGGGAAGAAUUGUUGUGCCGGAUGGAUUAGUUCUUAAAGAAAAUCUUGAUGACUUACAAGCGAUAUGUGGUGAUAUUGAACUACCUUCAUCAAGUUCAUUUGGCACAGGAGUCCCUCACCUUACCACUACUUCGGACACUUCUUCAUCUAAUCUUCUGAAAAAUGAAGAGUCAGGGCCAUUGAAGGAAUCCACAUCCUUGAUUGAGCACCGUAAGCGGCAUGAAUUAUAUUAUCUUCCUUCAGAGAAGAGUGAGAUUGUUUCAGAUGAGUAUCCUCCUGCAAAAAAGGACAAAAAAAGGGCAAACCAAACAAAGCCCAGGCUUGCAUUGGUGAGAUUGGAUGAUGGAGAUGUGGCACCAAUUUCAGUCAAAAGACCAGAGCCAAGGGAUGAUUCUCUUUCUGGUGCCAUAAAAGAUGUUCUUCUAAGAAGCGAAACCGGACCAUGUAUGUCUGGAAGCAGUCGUAGCAAAAAUCAUGGUCAUAGUCAUACUAAAGAGAGAAGACACAGAGGAAAAGAAAAGAUUGUUGAGGGGGAAGAGCAUGAUCAGAGGGAAAAGAAAAAGAGUGGCUAUUGCCGUGGGAGGCGAAAAACUCAUCAAAGAGCAAAGUCACCCGUAAACGUGGUUUCUCAAACCCCAGUAAUUCCAGAUUUUCUUUUGUAGCAUUAAAGGAUAGAAGCUGGUUAGAGGGAAGCAUCAAGUUAAGUUCUCCAUUCUUUUUCGGAAAAUCUGAAGUUUUGGCUUUCACUCCCCCCUCGUAUGUCGGGUGAAUCCAUGACUUGCUAUUAUAUUAUGUUCAAUCCCGGGAUGGAGAUGAUUCAGAUGGUCGAUUGUAGAUGCUUCUUUCAGGUGUCUCUCUAAAAUUCAAAUAUUCCGGAGUCCAAAGCUGUGAGAUUUGGGAGUUGCUACUGGCCCCACUCCUAUUGCUAUUGGUCCCUACCAAGGGCCUGACCCCUUCUUUUAUUCCCAAAAUGUCCUUCCCACGAAAUCAUGAUUCCAUUGUAGGUGAUGCAAAGCGGAAUCAUGAUUUGUUGUAUAACAUUAUUCAUUCUUCCAUUAACGCAAUGGAAUCAUGCAAAGCGGAACCAUGCUUGCAGCUUCAUUUUUAUUGUUAAAUUUGAAGUGAGAGGAAUCUUGAUAAAAGUUGUCACUCGUGGUCAAACAUUUACACCUACUCUUUGAACAAAGAAAGAAGUAUUUCAUGCAUGAAUCUAUUGUAAGCCUAUUGAA